AUGACAUCAGUGACCAUGAAACACGUUGUUCAAAGAACCAUGACGUCUUAUUUCCUCAGCACACACAAUGUGAGUUAUGCUACAGUUCUUCCAUCAUUUUUUAGGUUCAAGACGACUGCUCACAACAUCUCCAUUGAGUCAAAUUCCUUCAGUGGACUCUCCUCUCUGAAGUACCUGUCCCUGAGAGGCGUCAGCAUCGGUUGCAUUGAGGCAAAUGCUUUCAGUAGGCUCUACAAUCUCCAAACACUGUACCUGACAAACGUUACCAUCGGUAACAUUGAGUCCAAUGCGUUCAGUGGGAUGUCUUAUCUCUACGUAAUGAGAAUGAAAAGUGUAAGCAUCGGCACCUUAGAAUCGAAUGCCUUCAGUGGGCUCUACAGUCUCAACACACUGGAUAUUGGUACUGUUAGCAUUGACUCCAUUGAAUCAAAUGACUCUACGGGACUCUCCAGUCUUCUAAGCCUGUAA